AUGAAUGAUUUGACUAAUUCCGUGAUUCUCGUUGCAUUUGCGGCCUCGUUAAUCAGACCACCAGUUCUACACAAGUGGGCGCUGCUGACCGAUCCCGAGGACUUCGUUUCCGGUCCGAAGGGGUACCUCAAAUGUGACGUCGGCAUCAUCGGCAAGGGCGACACGGUCAAAGUUCCUCCCAAGUCCGAGAAGGACCCGGACGACAUCGAGGCAAAUCUCCUGCUUCCGGACGGAGUUCCCAUCGAACGGCAACCCAAGUUCAUCGUGAAGAUCUACCGAGCCGAUGGCCUUCCGCGGAUGAACUCCUCGCUGAUGGCGAACGUCAAGCGGGCAUUCACCGGAGAGGCUAAGGACUUGGUCAACCCAUACGUCCAGGUGUCCUUCGCUGGAUUGACCGGCAAGUCCACCGUCAAGAAGGCCUCCUACAGUCCGGUGUGGAACGAGCAGCUGGUGUUCACGGAGAUGUUCCCGCCCCUUUGCCAACGGAUCAAGGUACAGCUACGGGAUGCGGACCCCAUGAAGCCGUCGAUCAUCGGUACGCACUACAUCGAUCUGAAGCAGAUCUCCAACGACGGGGAGAAGGGCUUCCUGCCGACGUAUGGGCCUUCGUUUGUGCAUUUGUACGGUUCGACGAGGGACUACAACCUGCUGGAUCAGCACUCGAAUCUGAACACCGGGCUGGGCGAGGGGGUGAGCUACCGGGCGCGGUUGCUGAUCGCCAUCCGGACCGAGAUCACCGACAAUGUGGAGCUGUUUACGGAUAAGAAUGUCGAGCUCGAGUCCACCCUGCCCAUCUCGGAAUCCUCCUACUGCAAGAACGACGACUUCUUCCUGUUCGGCACCGUCCUGGAGGCGUCGAUGAUCGACCGAAAGGUGUGCGACCGGCCGGUGUUCUUCGAGCUGAGCAUGGGCAACGCCGGCAACUCGCUGGACGGGCACAACGAGAGCGCCACGAACAUGAGCGACGACGACGAGCUGGAAGCGGUGGAUACGACCUCGUACAGCAGUACUACAAGUGCCUCGAAGCCGAUCACGCACGACAAGAACCACUUCUUCCUGCCGUACUGGGACAACAAACCGUGCAUGGACGUGCGGUGCUCGUUUCCGGACCUGAGGCGGCGGAUGUACAACAGCAACAUGAUAGCGAAGAUCACCGAGCGGAUGGAGAUCGGACUGGCGGAGACCAAUCUGCUCAUUGAGGAUGAAGAUCCGACGGCGGAGGUGAAGCUAAGGGCGGUACUGGAAGAGGUGGCAACGAGCUGUAACAAGUACGUCCAGAUUACGAAGGGUGCGUUGGUUGGACCGGGAACGGGUAAGACAAAAUUGGACAAGGAGCGGAUGAAGCUAUGUCAGAGGGAAGUUGAGUCGAUCGGGAACAUGUCGCGGAAUCUACGGGCACUGGUGACCAAGAGUUCGAUGAAGGAACGUUACAAGACGGCUCAUACCUACUUGGGUAAGUUGAAGUUCUUGAUAGAUGAUCCUCAGCACGCGUUGCCGGAUGUGUUUAUCUGGAUGGUGGCAAAUGGGAAACGCGUGGCGUAUCACAGGAUCAGUGCCAGGGAUUUGAUCUACUCCACGAUAGAGGAGGAAACGGGAAUUUACUGUGGGAAGGUUCAGACGAUCUUCCUGAAGUUGCCGGGUAAGCAGGCGGAGGGUCCAGCAGGGUGGCAGGUGAGAGCAAAGCUGCACAUCUACCUCUGGCUAGGGGUGUUGAAACACAAGAAGUCGUUCUACGCUGGGUUGCCGCGAGGGUACGAGCUAUCGUACGAGCUGAAGAACGCGGACAAGCCUAAUGUGUCAGCUCCGACGGAUGUGCGUUACUUGGACAAGCACGUGUUUCAGCUGCGGGCACAUGUCUAUCAGGCGAGGUCGUUGAUCGGAUCGGAUGCCUCGGGAUUGAGCGAUCCGUACGCUACUGUUUAUAUUACGGAGUUCUCGCGAACUACGCAGGUAAUCGAGGAAACGCUGAGCCCAACGUGGGACGAGCAGCUGGUGUUCGACGACAUUGUGAUCUACGGUGCGAAAGAGGAGAUCAAGAAGGAUCCUCCAACGAUUGUGAUAGAUAUCUAUGAUCAGGAUAAAGUUGGCAAGUCUGAAUUCAUCGGAAGGGCGUUGGCUAAGCCGAGGAUCAAGCUGAAAGAUAACCACUACUCGAACCCGGUGCUUGAGUGGUUUGAGAUCACGCGGGGACUGGACAAUGCUGGAGAACUGUUGGCGGCCUUUGAAAUGCUGGAGCUAGGAUCGGACGACAUCCCAAGACUGACGGAUCCGAAGUACAUCGCGACGGAAUUCCGAGGUGAUAAGACAGGACCAUCGACGAUGACGAUCCUUCCAGUACCGAGAGAGGUUCGACCGAACUUAGCCCGGUUCCGCAUCGAAGUUCUGUUCUGGGGUUUGCGGGAUCUGAAGCGGGUACACUUCAUGACGGUGGAUAAGCCGCGGAUAGACAUCGAAUGUUCGGGGAAAAUACUCAACUCCAGCAUCAUCCAGAACGCUAAGAAGAAUCCAAACUUUGCCAACAUGCUCAAGUUCUUUGAUCUGGAACUUCCGCUUGAGGAACGGUACGCUCCACCCAUUACGAUUCGUGCCGUAGAUUGUCGAUCAUUCGGACGAUACACCCUCGUAGGAACCCACCAAAUAACAUCCAUUCACAAGUACAUGCAUCGACCUCCUCCGAAGGACGACACAAGGCGUAUGAAUCAGAACGGUCAAAUAGUGCUGUCAAAGCAAAAGGACAUGAUAGGUAACAAUACGACGAUGCCCAACGAUAGUUCCAUGAUGAAAUCGAUCUCUGGCGACAACCUCACGCUGUACGGAGCUGCCUGCGUAAGCAAAGUAGUCAAAAGCAAGAAAACCAAGCGGAAACUGGAACAUGAAGACACCUUUGAUGCAGAGGACGACGAUGAAUCCAGCAAAGACUGGUGGACUAAGUACUUCCUAUCGUAUGAGCGACUGAUUGAAGCCUCGAAGCCAUCGGCAAGCUCCCGAGCGCUGGAGAACCACAUUCCAACAGCCGAAGGGGCAAAAAAAUUGGGCGUGAAGACGUCCAAACUGGUGUCCAAGCUAAGUCCGAAAUCAACCCCGAAGAAGAUAGCCAGUUCGAACACUGCCACCUGCCACAUCUAUCCUACCGAACUGGAAACGCUACCCGAGUACAACAACUUCAAGGAAUGGCUCCUAUCCUUCCCGCUGUAUCGAGGCAAGAAGACCGGUGACAGCACAGAAGAUGAAAACCGAAUAGUGGGCUUCUUCAAGGGAGCGAUCAAGGUGUACAAGCUUCCGAUCGAGAAGGGAAUGGAGCCUGCCUUCGCCCCAACGCUUCCUCUGAACGAUCCGAUCCACGUUCUGGUUCGGGUCUACAUCGUCAAAGCCACCGACCUGCAUCCGAUGGAUUUGAACGGCAAGGCCGAUCCGUACGUAGUGCUCCAGCUGGGCAGUAAACGGAUUUCCGACAAGGAGAACUACGUCAGCAAGCAGCUGAACCCGGUGUUCGGCAAGUGUUUCGAAAUCGAGGCGACCUUCCCGCAGGACUCGAUGCUAACGGUGCAAAUCUACGACUGGGACCUGGUGGGAUCGGACGACCUGAUCGGUGAGACAAAGAUCGACCUGGAGAACCGCUUCUACAGCAAACACCGAGCGAUGUGCGGGAUUGCCGCACGCUAUGAAGACACUGGGUACAAUCAGUGGCGCGAUCCGAUGAAGCCAACGCAGAUCCUCACCAAGUUGUGCAAGGAGAACAAACUGGAACCACCGCAGUACCAGCAGGAUCGAGUCUCGAUCGGUCGGUACUGCUUCACGUUCACCAACGAGGAGAUCCAGACGUGGAAUCAACCGACGACGUUGAAGUUCCGCGACGAGCAUCUGGCCCUGGCCGUCCUGCACCGGUGGGAUGAAGUUCCUCGAGUUGGUUGUAAGAUUGUUCCGGAGCACAUCGAGUCCCGAUCGCUGUACAGCGCGGAUAAGCCGGGAAUUGAACAGGGUAAACUGGAGAUGUGGGUCGACAUGUUCCCCAUGGAUAUGCCCCUUCCGGGACCCCCGGUCGACAUAUCGCCUCGCAAACCCAAGUCCUACGAGCUGCGGGUGGUCAUCUGGAAUACGGACGACGUAGUGCUGGAGGACGAUGCGUUCUUCACCGGCGAAAAAAUGUCCGACAUCUACGUGAAAGGAUGGCUCAAAGGUCCGCAGGACAUUCAGGCGACGGACAUCCACUACCGCUCCCUCACCGGCGAAGGCAACUUCAACUGGCGCUUCAUCUACCCGUUCGAAUACCUGGCGGCGGAAGAACGAAUCGUCCUCUCCCGGAAGGAGUCCCUCUUCAGCUGGGACGAAACCGAGGUCAAGAUCCCGGCCCGCCUGGAACUCCAGGUGUGGGACGCGGAUCACUUCUCGGCGGACGACUUCCUGGGAGCGAUCUCCCUCAACCUGAACCGCUUCCCGCGGGGUGCCAAGUCAUCCAAACUGUGCACCCUGGAUAUGCUCAAGACGGACAACGUGCCGACGGUGAACAUCUUCAAGCAGAAGCGCGUCCGCGGUUGGUGGCCGUUCUUCAUCAAGAAGGAGAACGACGAAAUGGAGCUCACUGGGAAGGUCGAGGCGGAGAUUCACCUGCUGACGAAGGACGAGGCGGAGAAGAAUCCGGCCGGGUACGGGCGGAACGAGCCGGAUCCGCUGGAGAAACCGAAGUGAGUAUUAAGAUGGCGGGAUUCA